AUGAACGGGCACUUUGCCGGCGCCGGCGAGAAUGCGGAUUUCGAGCACGGCGUGCAGAUCAUCGACGAGGACAAGAACUUCAAUCCCAACCUGCCGAAAUACCUGUCCGCGCAGGGCAUCACGAAAGCCGGGUUCAACUACCAUCUCAUUUCCGUUUUCGGCAGCCAGAGCACGGGCAAGAGCACGCUGCUUAAUUUCCUGUUUGGGACGGAGUUUGGGGUUAUGAGUGAGCAGGAGCGCCGGCAGACGACCAAGGGGAUUUGGAUGAGCAAGAAUAAGAAAGAGCAGACGGGGAUGGCGGAGAAUAUUCUGGUGAUGGAUGUUGAGGGUACCGAUGGGCGCGAGAGAGGGGAAGAUCAGGAUUUUGAGCGCAAGAGUGCGCUGUUCGCGCUGGCGACGAGUGAGGUGCUCAUUGUCAAUAUCUGGGAGCACCAGGUGGGCUUGUACCAAGGGGCGAACAUGGGCCUGCUGAAGACGGUCUUCGAAGUCAACUUGCAGCUUUUCCUCAAGAACGCGAAGAACGUGACGCGCAGCUUGCUCUUCUUCGUUAUCCGCGAUCAUCUCGGCACGACGCCGUUGUCGAACCUGCGCCAGACCCUCCUCGCGGACUUGCAGCGGAUUUGGGCCGGGUUGAGCAAGCCGCCGGGGUUGGAGAAGAGUCAGAUUGAUGACUACUUUGACUUUGCAUUUGUUGCGCUCCCGCACAAGAUUUUGCAGCCAGAGAAAUUUGCACUGGAUGUGCAGAAGUUGGGCACGAGGUUUCGGGAGGGAUAUGUGGAUCCCAAGAGAGCGGCGCUCACGCUGGACGAUGCUUCGCAACCGGUGUUCUUGCCGCAGUAUCAUCGGAGAAUCCCCGCGGACGGCUUCCCGAUGUAUGCGCAGGGGAUUUGGGAGCAGAUUGACAGCAACAAGGACCUGGAUCUUCCGACUCAGCAGGAGUUGUUGGCGCAGUUCAGAUGUGAUGAGAUUUCGAAGGAGGUGCUCGUGGCGUUUGAUGCGAUUAUCAUACCUUUGGAGGAACGGCAGGCUGCUGCUAUCGACGCGGGAACACCGGAGCUCAUUGCUGAUCUUGGCAACACCAUGACCGCAGCUCGCGAGACUCUUCUGAAGAACUUUGAGGAAGAAGGGAGUCGCUAUCACAAGGGCGUGUUCAAGCGGAAACAGACUGAACUGGAAACGAAAGUGGACGGAAGAUUGAAGACUCUGUUCACCGCCCAAUUGAAUUCCGCGCACAAGAUUGGAAUUCAGGAGUUCAGCGACUCGGUGUCGGCCGCGGUCAAAGUCGGCCAGAAGAAAGGCGGGAAUUACGAUUUCCACAAGAUUGUGCAGACGGAGAAGCAGAAGGUGCUCAAGAAGUUCGAGGCGGUGGCGAGAGGGAGCGUCAUUGCUGGCAGUCCUUGGAGCGAUUACAAGUCUCAGCUCAAUCUUUAUCAGAAGGAACUGGACGAAGUGAGCGCGCGGCUGCGCAAGGAUGAGAUGCGCCGAUUGGCCACCAGGUCUGAACGCUGGGUCCGGACUAAGCUGAGCGAGGGCGUGGGACUAGAGUUCAACCGCCUAGGCUCCGGCCGAGCCGGCUCAGGUGCACCAGCUGAAGGCGAGAAGCCCCCGACAGAAAAGGACUUGUGGGACCGCAUAUGGACGCUCUUCACCGAGACGGUGUCGCACGCGGAAUCGCGCUUCACGGAGCGCGCACGCGGCUUCGACGCCAGCCCCGACGAAGUCGAAGUCGGACUGUGGCGACUGCGGCGCAAGUCGUGGGCCGCGCUGCGCGACAAAAUCGACGAGGAGGUGAUGGAGGGCAACCUCCUCCUCAAACUGCGCGAGAACUUCGAGGACAAAUUCCGGUACGACGAGGAGGGCGUGCCGCGCAUUUGGCGCCCUACGGACGACAUUGAAGGCGUGUACACCAAAGCGCGCGAGAGCACGCUCGACCUCAUCCCGCUUCUGGCGCGCUUCCGCUUGGCGCGCACGAGUGCGCCUCCGCCUUUGGAUGCGUGGAUUGGAGAGGCCCCUUCGGCAGCGACGCCGCAGGACGAAGAGGAUCUGCAGCCUAUUGGUGGGAUUGAUGAGGAGGAAGGCAAGUCUUUGGAGGAAGAGAUGACGGUGUUGAGCGAGGCGAAGAGGCAGGAUUUGGCGACGCGGUUCAAGAAGACGGCGGAUGGGGUGUAUGUUGAGGCGAAGCGGAGUGCCAUUGGCGGCGUGACGCAGGUGCCGCUUUACUUUUAUGGGUUGUUGCUUGCGCUUGGGUGGAAUGAGAUUGUGGCUGUUCUGCGGAACCCGCUCUACUUCAUCAUGCUUAUCCUACUGGGUGCAGGGGCGUACGUCACGUAUACCCUGAACCUUUGGGGCCCCAUGAUUCGCAUGGGCAAUGCGGCUAGUGCGCAAGGACUGGAAAUCUUCAAGGAGAAGUUGCGCGCGUUCCUGGAGUCGUCCGAGACGGGCAGAGAGGCGAUCAAGAUGUCUGCCAAAGGAGGGGAGACGUUCAAUUUGGACACGUUGAAUAGCAAUGGCACGACGAAAGUCAAGGCCUCUGCGGCGAAGGAUGACGAUGUCGACGAUAUUUGA